GUAUGAUCCGUAUCCACCCUACGGCAGCCGCAGGAGGCUGAUUACACCCAUGUAUGAUGAGUAUGGAGAGGCCAUCAUGGAAGAUGAUGGAUAUUACUAUGGUGGGCCAGAGGGUCAGGCAAGAGGGCGAGGUGGGCGAGGGAGAGGUCGUGGGCGUGGAAAGCAAGUGGGAUUCCAGGAUUUCCCACCAGAGGAUGAGAUCGAACAGGUAGAGCCAGAAGUUCCUGAUGAGGAGCCAGCCGAGGCUGAAGCUGGAGAAUCCAAAGCUGCAAAGAAGUUGAAGUCUGUCAUGAAGCUCAGCAAGUUGCUAGCUGCUGGGAAGAAAACUGAACCUACCUCCCCAUGGAAGAAGGCCAAGAUCUUCCCGAUGAUGUUUGGGAAAGGGAAGAAAGACAAAGAUUAUGCCAAGCUGACAUCUGCACGUCGUAUUGAUAGUCAAGAGAGCUUGACGGGUGGGGCGAGCCCAGCCGCUUCCAUUGAUGGCACAUCCUCUGCCAGGAGUCGACUUGGGAAAGUCCUGAAACGCAUUAAUCUGGCAAACAAGCUGCAACUUAGAAGAAAAUCACAGAGCACCAUCAGUCGUAGUUCUGCAAGUGAGAAGGACGAGUCUGCAGCCGAGUCAGAGAGAGAAGAGAAGAAAUCAAAAGUGUCCAUCAGUGUCAGUGAGCCAGAGGCCAGCGGGAGUGGAUCAGAGGCAGAGAGCCGAAAGAAAGCCUCGGAUGAGGAGGAAUCAUCUGAGAGGAGCAGCGUAGCAGGAUCCACUGAUGAUAAGGAUUAUUUGAAAGUGGAUCUGGAUAGAGAUGAUGCCAAUGAGAGCACGGUUGAUUCUGAAUCAGAGCCAGAAGAACCAGAUGAAUCUGAUGAAGAGAGUAAAUCCAAAUCUGGGACUGAGAAGUCAGGAACCGAAAAGGAUUCAGAGGCAGAGACAACAUCUGAGAAAGAAUCCGAAACCGAGAAAGGGUCAGGUUCAGAGGAGGAAUCUGGCUCGCAGGAAGAGUCAGGGUCUGGAAAGACCUCAGGAACUGCGUCUGGAUCUGGCACUGAAAAAUCAGGAACUGAGGAAGAGUCCAGUGCUGAGAAGAGUUCUGCCACAGAAAAGGAGUCAGAGGAAGAAGAUGAAGAGUCUAAAGGGACGGAAGAGUCAGGAUCAGAGCCAUCUUCUGCUCGCUCUUCAAUGAAAUCAUCCCGUACUAAGGGUUCCUCAGAGGGUUCAAGUGCAGGAACACGGAGCAGCAGAAGUGGGAGUGUUUCUGGAAGUGCAAGUGGUACUCUGAGUGGCAGUGAAUCAGGUGGCAUCUCUAAGGGGUCUUCAGCACGGUCUUCAGUAAGGUCUUCACAAGCAUCAGUAUCUGGUGAGGAAAGUAGUGGUGAGAUAGGGUCAGCAAGUGCCUCUGCAUCAUCCGGGACAGAAAAGAGUGGAUCUGCUGCAUCAGAUGACACAGAAUCAGAUGCUGUUUCCAUGUCCGGCAGUGAGAGAAGCUCCACAAGCUCCAGAUCAGCAGGAGGAAGCCGCCGCUCUCGCAAGAGCAUCAUGACCCGAUCCUCCCAGGACACCAUUGAUGAGGAAAGUGAGGAGGAAGAAGAGGCAUCUGAAGAAGAAGACGCCGACGUUGAGGAUGAAGCAGCAGAGAGCAGAGAGUCAGCUAGUGAGAUGAGUGAGGGAUCAAUAUCACGGAGGUCAAGUGUGAUCUCAGCAGCAGAAAGUGGAGGUACACCAUAUGCCACAGAAAGCAGCAUUCAGAGUUCAGAUGAGACGUUUGGAGGCCUCUCGCCAAUCACAGAAGUGGAUGAGGAUGCCAUUACUUCUGGCAGUGGCUCAGGAUCUGAGAGAGGAUCUAGGCGGUCGGGAACCGAAGGGACCACAGAAGCUGGCAUAAAGAAGCGAAUCAAGCUAGUGUUGGACCAAGAGCAUGACACGACUUCAACAGGAGAAGACAGUGGACCAUCGGAUUGCAGUGUAAUGGGCCGUAACAGCAUAGGGCCCAAAUCCAACAUCGAUAAAGCCCGUUUGGAGCGGGAUAAGGGUGCUUUGAGCAGGAAGUCCUCAGUGGACAAACGGGAAGAUUAA